AAUGUAUGGAGAAGAUUCAGUCGAAAGCAGCAUUAUCAAACUGAGAUUCUGUAUUCAAGCGUCUUAAUGGUGUUACGAGCUUUUAUUCUUUCAGUGCAUUGCAGCCGACCUCGCGUUCCAGAAGGGAUGGAGAUAUACUUGGUUGGGGCCAGGGGCAGGUGGCCUUUUGACAGCAAACAGAUCCUCCCCACUCAUGGGGCCGUCGUGGAGUACAGCUGUCGCAAGGACGACCAUCGGAUAGAGGGACCCAAGUACACCUUCUGCAUUGACGGGGCCUGGAGCCCCGAGGAAACACCUAUCUGUACAAAAAUGACUCAUGACCUUAUCCCUCCAUCAUGGUUAUUUUACAAACCCUAA